AAAAUUAAAUAGACGCGCACUUGUCACCUUGACGACAAAAAGAGCUUCAAAAUGGCAGGAAAAGGAACAACAAUCAAAGAAGCUCUCCAAAAAUGGGAAGAGAAAAUGGGACAGAAAGCUUCCGAGUCCAAAGAAGUGAAAAUUUUUGGUCAGAUCCCUCCCAUUGAGAAAAUGGAUGCCUCUCUGUCCACACUAGCAUCUUGCGAGAAACUGUCAUUAUCUACAAACUGUAUUGAGAAGAUUGCAAACUUAAAUGGUUUGAAAAAUCUUAAAAUUUUAUCUCUCGGAAGGAACAACAUCAAAUCUCUCACAGGCUUGGAAGCUGUCGGUGACACUCUUGAAGAACUCUGGAUCUCAUAUAACUUAAUUGAAAAGUUAAAAGGCAUCAAUGUCCUCAAAAGAUUAAAGGUCCUAUAUAUGUCAAACAAUGCUGUCAAAGACAGCAAUGAGUUUGGCAAAUUGGCAGAUUUACCCGUGUUAGAAGAGUUAGUGUUUGUGGGGAAUCCUCUGGAGGAAAAAGAAUCUGGGGAGGGAACAUACCGAGACAAUGUGGCCAAGAAACUCCCCAAACUGAAAAAACUCGAUGGUGUUCCUGUUAUUCGUGAAGAGGCUGAUGAAGAGGGCGAUUGAGGAUAAACUGAAAUUCAUUUACAUACUCGUGGAAACAUUCCAGCAUAGGCUUAAUUUCUACUGUGCUAUAGACUUAAUUGACCUGAUGAAGUGAAAAAUAUCUAUAAAGUUUUUAAAUUUAAAUUGUGCUGUUUUCUGAUUCAUUACAACUCAGUAACAAGCGAAUAAAGGGAGAAUUUUAAGGAACCAUAAUAUUAAGUGCCAAUGUAUAAAUUCAUGACUUACUUCAAAUUAUGUGAAAAAAAUCUGCAAAAAGAUUGAAAUGGGCUUGUUAUGACAAAUGUUACUUCAUAUACAUUUAAUAAAUUAUUUUAAAUUUG